AUGUUCCGAGCCCUCCUCAUCAAGGACCAAAUCCCCAACGACACUUCCAGCAGAGCAUCCGUAACCAUGCGCAACUCGUCUCUGAUGCUGCUGGCUUCGGUCUUGAAGCUGGCCUUGCUGGUUUCAGGCGCACCUACCUCGACGGCUAGCCUUACCGCUGUCACCAUGAAUGUUGCUGGCCUGCCCGCCAUCUUGAACGGAAACGGCGAAGGUGACAAGAAGGCCAACUCGGUCGAGAUUGGGCAAAAGCUUUCGGAAUACAACUAUGACCUAAUCAACCUUCAAGAGGACUUCAACUACCACGCCUACAUCUACAACAACGACGAGCACCCUUACCGCACGCCCACCUCUGGCGGCGUCCCGUUCGGAUCCGGGCUGAACACGCUCAGCACUCUGCCCUUCAAAGACCUCGAGCGGGUCAAGUGGAGCAAGUGCAACCUCAACGAGGGCGACUGUCUCACGCCCAAGGGGUACACGGUGGUCACGGUGCAGCUGCCCACGGGAGGCGAGGUGGACGUGUUCAAUCUGCACACGGACGCGGGCUCAGACGACGGCGACUCGGCCGCGCGUAUGUCCAACUUUGCGCAGGUGGCCGCGGCUAUCGCCAGCCGCUCCGACGCCGCGGGCCGCGCGGUAAUCGUCAUGGGCGACACCAACAGCAGGUACACGCGCCCUAAGGACGGUCUGGUGGAUUUUCUGAGGCAGACGAAGCUGACCGAUACCUGGGUGGAGCUGGUACGUGGUGGGGAGGCUCCAGCGUCGACGGACGAGGCGUUGCUGUGUGCCGAUCCGAUCCCGACGACGACAAACUGCGAGGUGGUGGACAAGGUCUUCUACAAGAGCAGCAGCAAUGUGACCCUGCACCCGAGUGACUGGCAGUAUCUCGGCGAAGAGUUCACCGACUCGGAAGGCAAUCCUCUCUCCGAUCACACACCCAUCUUUGUCAGGUUCACCUACACUUCCGCUUAG